AAAAAAACUUCUACAUGUUCCUGUUAUUUGUGCAGCUGUGCACAUUGUUUCCAAAUGUGCUUUGGAUUGGGCAAGUAGCGUAUGCAAUUCGGUAAGUUUCUGGCACUGAGAAAAAAAUAAGCUUUUAUUUCCAAAACUAUAAUUAAAGAGUGUAGAAAUUUGCACAUUAGCUUGUUUUUGUGAUGGUGUCAAAGUUUUGAUAGAGUUUGUGAUCACGUACGGUUUUUGUGAAGGUUUUAUUACUAGGAUGUUUAUGGCAGAGCAGAAUGACAUGAACUUCAUUCUUUACAAGUCACUCAAGAUUAUAAUUUUAUACUGUAUUGUCGAAAAACAUUGUUUAUAUAAUAUUUAGAGACCUUAAACUCCUUUUUUUAAAUGCAUGUAUUGAAAAAUUUUGUACAAGGCAGGCUGAGGACUUUAGCAAGAAAAGUGACCAUAACAUCAUCUACCCCCUUAGUAUUUUGUCUGGACACAACAGCUGUGCCGUUACUCUUUAUUACUCAACAUAAAACUGUUAAAAAAAGUUUUAAGAUAGAUUGUUAUAAGGGUCAUAUGUUCACAGGGUGAAGUCCUUACACAAAUUUCGAAUAAAUCUAUAUGCAAAACAAACUUCAGGUGCUGGUGAACGACAAUGGAUAGGCUGAAGAAGGAUCCCCACCACGGCCUUGAUUCCCGUCGGAGUUGGGUUGUACUCGUAUCUAUGGCCUGGAUCAUGCUCAUGUCGACCUUGAGCAUUCGUGCUGCUGGAGUGAUCUUUGUGGGGAUUUUGGAGCAUUUCGGGACCAGCCGCGAAGAGUCAUCGUGGCCCGUGUCUUUGCUGAACUUUGCGAUUUCUAUUGGAGGUAAGGUUUUUCAAUUUGAUAUGCACAGGGUUUGUCGUGUGAUCACUUAAAGAAAUUCGCUUGGGACCGAGUUCUUGCGGUCUCCUACAACGAGAGGACAUGCUGGCACCAUCUAUGAGGUAACCCUGGAACUGCAUUUUACUAGAGUGAAGGUUUUGCAGUAUUUGUGAGAACAAAUUUAUGUGCUAUCUAUGAGACAUAGUCGUUUAUAACAUUAGCUGCGUUUGAUUUACUUACGCCUCCUGCACCGGUGCAGAAAAGUGUAGGGCGGUGUCGUGUCUUCAUAGAGCGGUGCCGCUUUGGGGGACAAUCGAGGUAACGACGUCAUUCCAAGUAGCUCUAGAAACAUCCACUACCCUAAUAUCCCGGGAAAUAGCUUACCUGAAAUCGAAAGCAGAUCGGGCGAAAAUGAGGAGUGAGCUAACUUUCGGUGUGCGAUCAAAAAUGGCUGUAAAAAAAUGCUAGUUUUAGAUACUGUGACCUGGGAAACUUGUGAUUGCAGGGAGAGGCGAUGAACCAGGGACGACUGUCCUUCUCAGUCGGCAGUGUUUGCUUACCUCCCGUCUUGGCUAAGUGACACCAUUUUUGCCAAGGUCAGCAUUGGCCAGGGCUUUACAAUUAUCUAGAAGUUGGCCAUCUUUCGGUGUUUAUGAAAAAAAAAAAAAUUGCAAAUCAUGCCAAAGAUAGGGGGCGGAUCAUCUUUCGGGGGUGAGGCGUCUCUCGAGACAUUACGUACAGUAGGUGUAAUUUGGUAAUUGUUUGAUUCGUUCUAAAUGUGGCUCUUGCGUCUUUCCAAACAAACAAUUGAUGUCUUUGUGGUGUUGCCACUACAUGGCCAACAUUUAAGGAAUAAUAUAGGCACUGAGAUUUUGCUUCCGUAACCCUUUAGAUUGCAUUCGCUUCGGUUACGUCCUCGGCACCUAAAACAACAGCAGCGACAGAAAAACUGGGACAACUGCAGCUCACUGUUGUGUCGCAAAGCUACUUCUGGCAUCACUGAUUACACUGCGUACAAUAGCUUUGUUCAAUUUACUUGCACCUCCUGCACCAGGGCAGGAGAGUGUAUGGCGGUGUACAUCCAGUUGUGUCUCAAUACACAUGCCGGAAGUACACUGCCCUACAAUUUUCUGCACCAGUGCAGGAAAUGCAAAUAAAUUGAAUGAAGCUAGUGAGCGCUUGUUUUUCUGAAAACCUACAUACGCAAAAUUUAUAUCUUUUGCCACAGGCCUCCCGCUCGGCUUUGUCUGCGAGUACUGGUCCUGCCAAAAGCUUGCGCUCGUCUGCACCUCUUUGACUGGCGCAGGUGUCAUGGCCUGCUACUUUGCUCCAGACCUGGCAUUUAUAUCGUUUUUCUUCGGCAUUGUGAACGGAACAUGCAUUGCUGGGAUCUACGUCGUCGUCAGCGCACUUUGCUGCCAACACUUCGAGAGAUGGACGGCCACAGCCUCUUCCAUUGUCUGGGCCUCGCAGAGUCUCAACGUGUUCUUCGGACCGGCGGCAGCGAACUACUUUCUAGCCGAAUUCGGAACACCUGAGAUGUUCCUCUUAUUCGGAGCAUUGACGUUGCACGGGUUGCCCGCUGCACUAGUUACAAAAAGUCCUCCUUGGCAGACAAGAAAACGUGCGAUCGAACCAACGCUGCUAGAAGCAAUACUGCCGAAACGAACGAUGGACGUCAGCACAGCAGAGGCUACCAGGCGGGCGCUUCCAGUGGUCCAAACAGGUCGCGGACCUCCGUUACCUCCAGACGCCGCCGUCCCACAGGUUCCACUCUCGCACAACCAGCAAAUCACGCUUGUGUCACAAAGUCAGCAGCAGGACUACAAUAUACCGACGUUUCAAGAUGCUACCUCUUGCAGCGAGUUGCCUGUUCCACACGGUAAGAACGCUGCACCAAAGUCAUCGAGCAUCCAAUCCUACCGCAUACCUACCAAGCUCAGAACUACUGUCAGGGUCUUUGUCAGUCCAAUGUUCUACCUGGACUCUCUGUCGCUUGGAGUGCAAGUUUACGCCAUGACGACUUUCUUCCAGGUGUAUGUCGACCUUGCCCAAGACAAAGGCAUCGAGGCCAGCCAGGCCAUCUUCUUGAUGCACGUCUACUCCAUCUCAGACUUUGUUGUGCGCGUCGUCAGUGGUGUGAUCGUCGACCGAGGCUACGUCGAGCUGGAGACGGUCAUCAUGCUGAGUUUUCUUGGAUGCGUUCUUGCUUGCGAAGCCGUCGCUUGGUCCACGUCUUUGGCGCAUCUUCUGCUGUCGUCCUUCGUGUAUGGUGCGAGCGCCGCCAUCGUGCUGUCGCUGGCUCCCUCUCUCAUCAUCAGUGACUUCAAGGGCCAGCCAGUUCCUGUGGUGCUCGGAGGCAUGAUGUUUUUCAGCGGACUCUUGCUGCUGACGAGGCCUGUGCUUGUGGGUUAUUUCAGGGACAAUCUGGGGAAGUAUGACGGGCUUAUGCACACGAUGGCUGUCCCCAAUGCCCUCUUUGCCGUCAUCUGGUGCUGGAAGAUGAUCUCCCGUCGACGUCGCAUCACAAUCGCUGCUUGAGAAGAUUGCCUCGCCGGCGCAGCAGGUGCCGCUGGAGCAUGGCAGUGCUGCUCAGGUUUUUUCAAACAAAACUUGUAAAAAAAAAAAAACAAUAUAAAAAGUAAAAAAGAAAAGCAGCAAAUAAAUAAA